AUAUGAAAAAUGCAGUAAGUGUCAGUCGAAAACUUUGCAAACGCAGUGUCGUUUCAAUAUUUUCACGAUUCAAUUGAUAAAAGAAUAAUCGGUUUUUUUUAAACAAAAAAUAAUUAAUCCACAGUGUUUUGAAAUGGUAUUCGCUAUGGAAGCUCGUCGUCUGUUAAUCAACCGAGGUCUCUUGACUCAGAUUCGAUUCCUCAAUACAUCAACAUCGGAUGCUGCAGCUGCUGCCGCUGAACCAGCACCAACCAAACAACCGCGAGUGAAAACAUUUGAGAUUUAUCGAUGGAAUCCGGACAAACCAAAUGAAAAACCACACAUGCAGAAAUAUCAAGUCGAUUUGAACGAUUGUGCACCAAUGGUUCUGGAUGCAUUGCUUAAAAUUAAAAAUGAAAUCGAUCCAACGUUGACAUUUCGUCGAUCGUGCCGUGAAGGUAUCUGUGGAUCAUGCUCCAUGAAUAUUGGCGGAACAAAUACAUUGGCAUGCAUCAGUAAAAUCGAUACAGAUUUGAAUAAGCCAUGCAAAAUCUAUCCAUUACCGCAUAUGUAUGUUGUUCGCGAUUUGGUGCCGGACAUGAGCAACUUUUAUAAACAAUAUACCUCAAUUCAACCGUGGUUGCAAAGAAAAACCACCGAGAAAAAAGGUGAUGCGCAAUAUUUGCAAGAUGUUGAAGAUCGUAAACAACUUGACGGUUUGUAUGAGUGUAUUUUGUGUGCAUGCUGUUCAACAUCGUGCCCGUCAUACUGGUGGAAUGCUGACAAGUACUUAGGACCGGCCGUUCUUAUGCAAGCUUAUCGUUGGAUCAUCGAUUCACGUGAUGACACGACUAAAGAUCGACUUGAUCGCUUGAGAGAUCCAUUCAGUGUCUAUCGAUGCCAUACAAUUAUGAAUUGCACGAAAACAUGCCCGAAGGGUUUAAAUCCAGGCAAAGCAAUUGCUGAAUUGAAGCGUCUUUUGUCCGGAUUACAUACGAAACCGGAGCCAAAAUUGGAAACGGCCGCUCUGCAUAAGAAAUGAAGUGUAUAGAUAUUCAAUAAUUAAAGUAGCACCAAUUCAAUCCAAAUGCCGAUUUGUUUCCCAACCGAGCGACAGAUAUAAAUAUUGUAUCCACCAAUUUUGACCAUUUGUUCGUUACUGGCGGAUAAAUUCAAUUCAAUGAAUUUAUUCAAUCACAAGUUGUAAACGAUUCGCUUUUUAUUUCUAAAUAAAUAAGUUAUGGAUUUCAUGUUUGGUACGAA